AUGUUUAAUACAACAUUAAAAAAUUGUUCGUGGCGACCAACAGCCAACAAUUUUGAAUGUCCCGAAGGUGAUGUAAGCUAUUACCUUUACAGUGGGGGCAAAAAGGAACAAGUUCCGAACAAUAUUGCGGACUGGCUUAAGGGAAGUAUUUGGAAUCCGUAUUUAGAUAAUGUAUUCAUCAUCCACGGUUACGCUGGGGGUGAUAAUACUUUACCUAUUGUCGUUUUGAGAGACGCAUAUAUCAACAAUGGGAGUUUUAAUGUUUGGAUGAUUGAUUGGUUUAAGCUAUCUCAACCACCUUGCUACGCAUCUGCAGUGCAUAAUAUUAAAUUUAUUGCCAGGUGUUCUUCAAAUUUGUUAAUGUCACUUCGUUCUUCAGGAUUGAGGUCGGAAACAAUCACAUGCGUUGGGCAUUCCUUAGGUGCUCAUAUUUGUGGGCUGAUAUCUAGGAAUAUCUUAUUUAGAAUGCACAGGAUUGUUGCGUUAGAUCCCGCCAGGCCGUUAGUGCCUCGCUCACAAAGGUUAAGCAGUAGUGAUGCGUCGGCCGUUCAUGUCCUUCAUACAAAUGCGGGCGAUUACGGAGAACUUGGACGUUCAGGUCAUGUUGACUUUUGUAUUAAUGGAGGAAGAACUCAAAGUUUCUGUGAAUCGACAUCAAGUGCCUCAUUAUGUAGUCACAUUUGGUCUGUAUGUUACAUGGCCGAAAGUAUUAACCCACAAACUGCUAAAAGAGCUGAACCAUGUGUACGAAGAUGUCCUUCUGGCCCAAUAUCUGUACAUCGAGUGGGUUUCCCGAUUCUAAUGGGACAACACACACCUCUGUCAGCCUCUGGAUCUUAUUGCGUUGAGUCCAAAAAUCCACCGUUUUGCCCCACGGGUAGGAAUAUGCCAGGCGAUCCAAGAUGCUGUUUAUCUGAUUACAUUGGUGACGAUUAAUAUGAUUACUGAAGUACGUUGGAUCUUAAUAUUUUUCUAAAAUGCUGUAAGUUUGAAGACUGCCAGACAUCUCAGCUUUAAUAAAUUAUUUUUGGUAAUAUACAUACAUACCUACU